UGUUCAGCUGUAAACAUUUAAUAGUUUUAGAUCGAUACAAUUUUAAAAUUAUGUAAACUUUAUUGACCUUUAUUGUCAUUUAUUAUACAAUUAUAUAAACUAUAAUUGGUUUUGUUCCAAUUCUUGUGUCCGACAAUAAUCUUUGUUAAAAUUUUAUCUCCAUUGCUUUAAUCAAAAAUGUCUUUCAACCAAUUGAUGCACCCAAGGAAUAUUUAUCGUGUUAAGCCUAAUUAUUUACAAUUAGGUGAGAAAUACCCAUCAUUCAAAGAAUUGUUGACUUUCUACAAGAAUGGAAAAGCUAAAUUAAAUUUUACUGAUCCUCAAGCCUUGAGGCUUCUGACAAUCACUUUACUCGACAAUGAUUUUAGCCUUAAAGUUGAUCUACCUAUCGAUCGCCUGAUUCCAGCUGUACCACAAAGACUCAAUUAUGUACUUUGGGUUGAAGAUUUACUAAGCUUGUUAGAUUUGAAUCCAAAUGAAAAUGUGAACGGAAUAGAUAUCGGAACUGGUGCUUGUUGCAUAUUCCCAUUACUUGGCUGUACUACAAAUAAGUCAUGGACAUUCAUUGCCACUGAGGCUGAUGAAGUAUCUUAUAAAUUUGCUGUUGAAAAUAUUCUGACCAAUCAGCUUUCCCACAGAAUUAAAGUUAUCAAAGUUACACCUGAAAUAUUUCUACUUCAUCUUCCCGGUAUUCCUCAGCUUGAAGCUCACUUCUUAAUGUGUAAUCCACCCUUCUUCAAUGAUCGUACACACGACGAUUGCUCGCUUGGUAGCGAAAGUGGGGACGAAGAAUUGGGCUCUGAUGAAGGUUCUUCAAAGAGUUUGCGAAAAAGGAAACCAUCCCCAGCAAAUUUAUCGUCACCACUAGAAAGCGUAACCUCUGGUGGAGAAGUAGAUUUUGUGAAAAAAAUUAUCGAAGAUAGUUUAAUACUGAAAGAAUCAAUUAAAAUUUAUACGGUGAUGUUAGGGCAUAAGAAAAGCUCUUCUAUUUUAAGUCAGCAUCUGAAAAAUAUAUCUGAUGUUAAAGAUGUUGUUGUUAACCAAUUCUUCCAGGGAAGAACGAUGAGAUGGGGAUUAGCAUGGACUUUCUUGGAGAAUCUCAAACUUUCUGAAUCUAUCAAAAUUACAGAGACCAGGCGACUGAACAAAAAGAAAAUUGCACCUCUCACUUAUACAAUCCCUAAAAAUUUAACUACAAUCAACUACAGUUUGUCAAGUAUUUAUCGUUGGAUCAGACAUUUACUUAGAGAUGAGUUGGAAAUUACUACUGUUGAUAUCAUUCGAGAAAGUAAUCAUUCUGUUGAAAUGACUAUUCGUAGUCAAAGAGACACAUGGAGUCACCAGAGAAGACGUAAACGUAUGUUAGCGAAAGAAACAAAAACAGUCAAAAAUGAAGAAAACCAAAAGUGGACUUAAGGAAGAAGAAAUGGAGUUAGAUGAUAAUACCGUCGGAAGCCCUCAAGGAGCAGUUUCGCAGAUUGACGACUCAUUGUAUGAUUCAGCUGAAGUUUGCGAGAUUGAAGACAAUAAUAGAUUUGGAAAGAGAAAAGCAGACGAUUCAAUAGAUGAAGAAUUUAGCAUAGAUGAUUCAAAGAAGAUUCGAGAUCAAAGACAAGUUAAAUCAAUCGUCAAAGAAGAGGAAUUAUAUUUGCUCCACUGUUCUCUUAUUAUUAAGAAGACUGAAGAAGGUUUUAUUUGUCUUGAAAUGAGAACUAAAGAUACAGCAAAAUCAAAAGACUCAACUAAUCAAUUGUUGCAAUUUUUCAAAAAUAAUUUUAUCUAACUUGUAAAUGAUUAAUGAUUAAAAUAUUGAUUUUAUUUAACAACUGGA